AUGUGUAGGCUUAUGAUUGUGAGCUGUAGAACAGAUCCCAUCCCUAUCGUUGUCAAAUAUGAUGUCAUGGGCAUGGGUCGGAUGGAAUUGGAGCUUGAUUAUGCUGAAGAUGCCACAGAAAGGAGGCGGGUCUUGGAAGUGGAGAAAGAAGAUACUGAAGAACUAAGGCAAAAGUACAAGGAUUAUGUGGACAAAGAAAAGGCAAUUGCCAAGGCACUUGAAGACCUUAGAGCCAAUUUUUACUGUGAGCUCUGUGACAAGCAGUAUCAGAAACACCAGGAGUUUGACAACCAUAUAAAUUCCUAUGACCAUGCUCACAAACAGAGAUUAAAAGAUCUCAAACAAAGAGAAUUUGCUCGCAAUGUUUCCUCAAGAUCCCGGAAAGAUGAGAGGAAGCAGGAGAAAGCCCUUCGACGUCUGCAUGAGCUGGCUGAGCAAAGGAAGCAACCUGAAUGCUUAUUAAAACCUUUCCGGAGACCCACUUUAUGA